UGGCUGUUUGUAAAUAUAGGUUUAUUGGGAUUAGGACUGCGAUAUAAAGCCUAUGUGAAAAAACUGGGCCAUGGACCACCAAAGAAAGAUUUCUCUGCUUUUAUUUGGCCAUUGAGAUUUGGUUAUGAUAAUGAAAGAUGAUUUAACUUAGAACGAUCUGCCAUUUUGUUGAAUCAAGCAGGUGCAGAUUUUAUUACAAUUGUGGAGAGUGAUGCCUCAAGGUUGUGCAUUGGAAAAUGUGAUCCAGCCAUGUGGUUGGGACAAAAACUUGGCUUUUAUACAGAUUUUGGCCCAAGUAAACAAGAUCAUUCUUGGGGAAUGAUGGUUUUGUCAAGGUACCAAAUAGUGAAAUCCAGUUACCAUCUUCUUCCUUCUGAAGGGGAGAUAGCAUCAGCCAUUUUCAUGACUGUGAACUUCAUAGGGAAACUGGUGAAUUUUGUGAUUGCUCAUUUUGGAAAUGAAGAAGAUGACUUGGGUGGAAAGCUCCAAGCAAUUUCUGAACUAUUGAAGAUGAGUUCUAAACAGGUUGUGUUCCUAGCAUUCAUCAUGUCAGUGCUGGGUUCUGGAGAUUAUUUACGAUUAAUUGUAAAUGUCAAUGUGAAAGAUACUGGCAACACAGAUUAUGACCAGUGGUGCAGCUGUUUAAUGUACUGUGGAUUGAUAAGGCUGGGUUUUGCCCAGAUUUCUCAUGCUCAUCUGAAUUUGGAACUUGAAAUAGGAAAAUUUGGAUUUCUAGGUGACCCAGAGAAUUACACUGACAAUGAAAAAGCCACCACUAACCCUACUGAAGUUCCUGAGGAAAUACAUUUCAGUUUAAGGUUUGUAUCCUACAAAGAAGGACACAGUUAUAACUUGAAUCACAGCUUUCACAUGAGCACACCCAAGUACUUCAAGCAAGCUAGCUAG